AUGGCUUCGGUAGCCGCUUGGUUACCGUUUGCACGGGCCUCAGCCAUUGGCUGGGUGCCUAUCGCCCAGAAUCCCCUUCCUAACCCAACUGUCCACCCAGAAAGUCAACGUGGGGACGAGAAACUUCGAAUUAACGUCAGCGGCCGGAAGUUCGAAACGUGGCGUACCACGUUGGAGAAGUUUCCAGAUACCCUUCUGGGAUCCAACGAACGAGAUUUCUUCUAUGAUGAGGACACAGAUGAAUACUUCUUCGACCGAGAUCCUGAUAUUUUCAGGCAUGUUCUCAACUACUACCGCACCAGCAGGCUUCAUUAUCCCAAACACGAAUGUAUCAGCGCCUACGACGAAGAGUUGGCAUUUUUCGGGAUACUUCCGGAUAUUAUCGGCGAUUGCUGUUACGAAGAUUACCGCGAUAGGAAGAGAGAGAACAGCGAAAGGCUUAUUGAUGAAGAAAAGAGCGAGAAUGGCGAUUUUGAUCCGGCAGUUUCUAUUCGAGAGCAAAUGUGGCGAGCCUUCGAGAACCCUCACAUAGGAACUGUGGCGUUGGUAUUUUACUAUGUCACGGGCUUCUUUAUUGCAAUCUCAGUAAUAGCCAAUGUUGUGGAAACAGUUCCCUGUGGGAAGGUCCCCGGAGCUAGGGAAGAACCUUCUUGUGGGGAGAGAUACAUGAUGGCAUUUUUCUGUUUGGAUACGGCCUGUGUGAUGAUCUUCACGGCCGAGUAUCUCCUCAGGUUGUACGCGGCCCCAGACCGUUGGAAGUUCAUGCGAAGCGUCAUGAGCGUUAUCGACGUGGUCGCCAUAAUACCGUACUACAUUGGACUCGUUAUCUCCAACAACGAUGAUGUCAGCGGAGCCUUCGUCACUCUCCGUGUUUUCCGCGUGUUUCGUAUCUUCAAGUUUUCCCGCCAUUCCCAAGGUCUGAGGAUUUUGGGAUACACCCUGAAAUCGUGCGCCAGCGAAUUGGGCUUCCUACUGUUUUCCUUGACAAUGGCUAUCAUCAUUUUCGCAACCAUCAUGUUUUACGCGGAGAAAAAUGUGGAGGGUACCACGUUUACUAGCAUACCUGCGGCUUUUUGGUACACCAUUGUCACCAUGACGACGCUGGG